GAUCACUUCCGUGUUUAGCCAUUUGUGAUUCCUGCCCUCCUAAAUUUGUCCGCUCCUGUUUACCUACCGCCUUUGCGGUGGGUCUUCAGACUUCGUUCCGACAUCAAUGUUGAUUUGUUAUGUGAGGAUGGCCGUGUUCGGGCAAUGUGCUUCGGGUAGUUGGGUAUUAUCCCACCGAUUGGGCUUAGUGUCCGUAUUGCUGGUGCUCCUUAACGUUGAAGUUGUGGAUGGAGUUCGACAGCGCCGUUUCGUUACGCUGGUGUACCGCCAUGGAGAUAGAUCACCUGUGCGUGCCUAUCCAACAGAUCCAUAUCAGGAGAGUGCAUGGCCACAAGGAUUUGGGCAGCUGACCGUGGAAGGGAUGAGGCAACACUUUGAGCUUGGACAGAUGUUAAAGAAAAGAUACCAUGGAUUCCUGAAUGACUCCUAUGACAGGCAUGAGAUUUUUGUCCGCAGUACAGACAGUGAUAGGACUCUGAUGAGUGCAGAGGUGAAUCUUGCAGGCAUGUACCAGCCUACAGGUGCACAGGUCUUCAACCCCAACUUGACAUGGCAGCCAAUUCCAGUUCAUACUGUACCUGAAGAGGAGGACAAGCUCCUGCGUUUCCCAAUUUCUGGUUGUCCACGAUAUGAUGUACUACAGAAGAAAACCGUACAGUCGGAAGUAUAUGUUAAUAAAACUAAUGAAAAUUGGGAGUUCAUGCAGAUGGUGGGCAACAAAACAGGUCUCCAUACAGUGUCGCUGCAAACCAUUUGGAGUAUACAUGAUACCCUGCACUGUGAGAAACUUCACAACUUCUCUCUUCCAAACUGGGUAACCCCUGCUGUGAUGGACAGACUACAGAGCCUGAAGGACUUCAGCUUUGAGUUCUUAUUUGGUAUCUAUAGAAAGCAGGAAAAGUCACGUCUGCAAGGAGGUGUUCUUCUAGGACAGAUUUUGAGAAACAUCUCCUUAGCAAUGAACACCACUUCACCACAGCAUCAGAAACUAAUGGUAUACUCUGCGCAUGAUACAACGCUAGUAGCACUACAGAUGGCGUUAGGUGUUUACAGUGGUAAACAACCAUCAUAUGCCUCUUGUCAUAUGUUUGAACUGUAUGAAGAAGAUAAUGGGUCGUUCAGUCUAGAGAUGUAUUUCAGGAAUGAAAGUGGGAAAGAGCCAUUCAGUCUGACACUGCCAAAUUGUCUGCAUAGAUGCCCAUUGCAGGACUUCAUCAGAUUAACAGCAUCUGCCAUCCCUCAAGACUGGGAGAAAGAGUGCCAAGUAUCUGAAAAUUCCAGUGAUACAGAUGUGAUAAUUGGCUUGGCAGUAUGUGGCUGCCUUCUUUUCCUGCUGAUCAUACUGCUGUUCGUCCUUCUAUGCCGUACAAAGUCCAAGUCUUCUGGCUACCAGCAUGUUGGAAAUGAAAUUGAUGAAUGUGCAUGACAUUCACUUCAGCCUGUUCUUCUCCACCCAGUGAAUUCCUUCGAAAGUGAGACUCAUCCUGUACCCCUGACUGAGAAGCACUUUCUGGAAAGAAUGGCACUUUAAUUUGGACAGAAAUUACAUUUUUUUCUGUAAAUAAAUUUUGAACCUAGAUUGUGGAACUGUACAGUUCACUGGAUGUCCUCAUCACUGAAAAAUGCUUCAUAUUGGGGGUGUUUUUGGAGAUUUUUUUUAAAUCAUGCAGAAGAUUAACUUAUCUGUCUUAUGUCAAUUGUGCAAUGUCCUGAAUUUCAGACAUUGAAAGCUUUCCAGGUGGGUUAUUUAACUCUUACUUAUAGAGUGCCUGUGACCAUCAUAAAACUCCACUAGCCAGGACGUGAACUAGGUCACAGCUUUGCAUUCCUGGUUGUAAUUUGACUCUUCCUAAUUAUGGUAAUGAGGUCAACUCACUUGUUUUUAAUUAGACUUGAAUAGUAUUUAAACUCAUUUGUGUAUGCAUAGGGGUGAUUUUUAAAAACAAGGCAUGAAUUCAUGCCGUUUUUGUAUAUCAGCCAGUUGUACAAAAUGUGUUAAGAUAAAUCGACACAGUGUAAAUCAGAACUGUUACCGUUGAUAUUGCUGUGAUUUAUAUGCAUUCAGUCAGACACUGGACAUAUUAGCUUUCCAGUUAGGAUGUUUAUCCUUGCUUUAUGCAAGAGCUAAGUGGUCUGCAUUUUUUGAAACAUUACUCCCUCACUAUUGUUGGUUGUGCACGGGUACAUUAAAUGCAGUAACCUGAACAUGCUGGAGGCUGAAGUAAGACUAGUAGGCAUUUUCUGAAGGUAAGCAGUUCUCCAGCUUCACUUGUACUCUCUCUUAGAAAGUGAGGCAUCUGUAUUUUUAGAAAUUAAGAACUAAGGGGAGAGGAAGAUGUAGCAUACAGUAUACAACAAUGUAAUCUAAACAUGCUGUCUGUAAAUCAUUGGUGGCUGUAAUAGAGUAGACCACAUCUUGUAUGAUGAGUGGGCUUCAUUAUCCUCCGAAAAAUCUGGGCAUUUAUCAUCAGUAGGAAAAGAGGAGAUGCCUAAAGUUUAUGAGAAAAUGAGCCAUAUAGAAGAUGAAUUACCUGAGGCUCAGUUGAAUACUUUCUAGUCAGCUUAAGAUUGUUAAUAAUUGAAGAAAACAUCAGUGUAGGACAUAUUGUGGCAGAUGAACUGGUCAGUAAGCAUGCCAGGAACCUCUCCUGGGUUUCUGAUGCAUGUUAUAAUAGCUAAAUGCCUAAAUGUUUCUGAUGAUCUAUUCUAUACAAGUUAAAAGGAUGCACUACCCUUUUCUAGGGCUUAAUUAUUUUAUGCAAAGUACAUGCUGUGUUGUGCUCCAGACCCGGGGCAGCACAUGACUGCUACUGUAGGAAAUUGAGUUGACAUAUCAUGGUCACAUGAGCUUGCAGCUUCAGCAGUACUGUUUAUUGCACAUACAGGAAAUUUUUUUUUUUUUCAUCCAAAGGAUAAUAAUGUGCCUAGAGAAAUGAUUGUCCAUAACACUUUCUACUAUACUUGACUAUUAGUCCCAUGAGCAGCUCAUAACGAUAUGCAAGCAACAGUAUUAGAAGAAAGGUAUAAAUUUCAUCACAGACAAGUUCUGGUCUAUGGAAUCAGGUCACUUAAAGAAUGGAUAUGUAGAUGGAUUGAACUGAACAUCAUCUCAUUUACAUUUUUUCUGUUUUGGCAGGGUAGACGUUUUAAGGUUAAAGCAGUGAAAACCUGCAUUUUCUCAAACUUUUAUUUUGUAUUGUUGGUCUGUUUCUUUGUUUCACAGAUACUUGUAGUGAAGUUCUGCAAGACAUCUCUUGCUUCUCAGUACAUCAGUUAAAGAACAGAAUCCGAUAGGCAUUUCCUUUUUUAUUUUUUUUUUCUUAUUUGUGCUUAUUUUAGUAGCUUCUGUCAUUCAGUUGCUGUGGCAAGAGAACAGCCCACUCCUGCUCCACCUCUGAAACUUCUUUCCUUAGCUGCCACUUGGGGGUGGACUACACAAGUUAUCUGUCAUACCAGUACAUCAGUGGAGAGAGUUUAACUGUCCAUUUGUCAACAUACCUCAGGAGUGCAUCCUACAUACCACUAUGCAAUACUGACCCUUGCUUUGCUUUUUCUAGGAGGUAAACAAAAUGUAAUCAAAUUGCAGUAACCCAGGAUAACAAGACCAGCAUGUGGCCACUCAAACACAUCAUCUCCACCACCUUCUGUGAUGCCCAGGUCAGUGAUCAGAUGUAGGUCACCAGAAUCACACACACUGGAGUAAAACCAUUGCAGUACUGUAGCUGAUUUCAGAGCUGUAUCUUUUUUAGUUGAAGAUUACACAGUUUUAGGGAAACAAGGUUGGCACCUAACAUUCUGGAUCAUACUAGCUUGGGACAGAUGGGAACAACAGACCUAGACUGGCAUAAUGCCUUGCAACCCAUUUUUCAGCAGAGUAUUUUUAUUUUUCUGAUUUUAAAGGAAUGAAUAUGUAGUGAUAUCAACAGAGUAUGCAGACUGAGCAGUGCAGAGAGAUAAAGCCUUAACUGCUUCCUACAGACUGAGGUUCAAGUUGCAGGCUUAGUUGCUGGAGGAGCCAGUUAUUUUGGAGGAGGGGUGAUCAGCCAGCACAGGGUUCACUCCUUUUGGUGAGAGAGGGAAUGGUUUUGUUUUGCUGCUUAAGUGCAGCCUGCUGGAAUGCCAAGUAACAGACUCAAGCAGUAAGGACUGAACAGGUGCAACUUCCUAAGGAAUGCAUGAAUACUACUGAACACACAGGUAAGCAAGAAUGCUGUUGUGCACUUUGGGGAUGACACUGUAGGUGUGUGCAUCUACAGUGUAUCAGAGGAAAGAGGUAGUAGGAUGAGUAGAAGGGAAAAUUAGAAAACUUGGAGUGAGCUGUGGAUGCCUGCUUUUGGUUCUCCUCCCCCCAAACAGAAAAAAUGUGUAGUCAUAAGUAGAGGGUUAUAAAAGGCUGAUUCUCCCUGGAAAGAGAUAACCCCCAUGGAUUGAUGUAAAUUAUUGAGGCUUCGCUGGAUAGAAAAAUAUAUAUGGGUCCCCUAGGUCCUGGAAUUAGAUGAUAAAAGACUGGUGAAGGGCCAUAAAUAUUAAACAUCUGUCAGAACUUGUGCACUAAUGGCAAUGCAGUGAUCUGUCAGGUUUACUGGGCUUCACAAGACAUAGAGUAACUCAUAUUCCAGUAACUUUUAACUUUCUCCCUGUUUAGCUACUUGCAUUUCAUUUGCUUGCAGUUGAACAUCCUUUGUAUUCAUUUCAAGAGACUAGAAUAAACAGACUGUGACUGAAAAUAUAUGUCCUGGAGUUUGUGUGAUCUUGGAGACUGUAUAUGUAUAGUGCAGAAGAGUGAAGGCAAGACAUUCCCCCAUACAUCAUGGGUACAGGGGCUUGGCUCCCUGCAAAAAAAAUGUUUUAAAUGUGCUACUAAUCACAACUAUCCCAUGAUUUAGGUGAUCAGCACUGAGUUGGUAAAACUUGGUGUUCAAGUUAAUAAAGUUAGCCCAUAAAUUCUUUGUCAUCAAAGGAAGGAGAGUUGUCCAUAGGAUACACAUCCCCCUCGUGUUUUACCCUUGAACAUGGAGUCAUUACCCAACCCAGGUCAUUAAUGUUGCAGGUUGACACCACAGUUUUGUUGUUGUAGGCCGGUCUAGAUUGUACAGUUUUAAGUGAUGUUGAUGAAGUAUAGCUGUGGUUCAGUGCAUGUUCUGCUUCAAACUCUGGAGUUAAUCCAAAAUGUGGUCUACAUCUUGAACUGUUUUGGAACAGUUUGACUUCUAGAUACACACAUGAUAUUUCUGAAGUAAUGCAGGAAAUAGUUUACAUUUCAAAUGGAAAGAAAGAAGGUAUGUCUAUAUCCAUUCCUGAAGUAAAAGUAUCUUUUGAAAUAAAGGUAUUAACCAGUAAAAUAUAACUUUAGAGCUUCCAGAGUCACUUUGGUAUGUGGUUUGCUUUAUUAGGGGGUUUCCAUGUUUUUUUUUUUUUUUUUUUUUUUUUUUUUUUGAGAACUUGGAGAGUGUUUACAUGUUGAUAGAGUUUUUAUGUACUGACUUAAUGGUAAAGGGUGUGUACUGUAUGGGGAAGGAUUUAUUAUUAGUUUAAGGGGGUUCAUUACUAGAAACAAAAAUUUCUAAUAUUUGUUAGAGACACUACAAAGACAUCACAGUAAAAGUCUCUCAGCAGGCAAUACAAAAUUUGAAGCAGAAUAUAUUGGAACUGAUGUUGAAAAGAAAAUGAAAUGGAAAAUUUGUAAGUAGUAAGAAUUAUUUGCUGUGUGACCGCAUACAAUUAAUGACACAAAAUGCAAAAUAACACAUCACAGAAUGAAAAUUCAAUGAAGAUGUACACAAUUGGAGUUGAAGUACAUUCCUCAGGAAAAGUGGAGAGAGACCUUGGCUUAAUUAUUUCAGGCAUCUUAAAAGUGGAAAAAAAUGAGAACAUUCUUGUGUUCAUAGGGAGAAAUGUCACUAGCAGAAACAGGAAUGUCUUUCACCCACAAAAAAUGUACUUGAUAUAAAGACUUGCUUAGAAAAUAUCUGGCUUAUUCCAAUGAAAUUAAAAGUUACCUAUGCUUUAAAAGAAUUGACUUUGUUUUUCCUAAGCAGAUAUUUUUAUCCAUUUAAGCUCUUUUGUUGUGGUCAGCUCUUGAUGCUUGUCAUUAAAAGGCAUUAAAACGUAUUUAUGACAAAAACUUGUA